AAAUAAUUAAAAAUAAUUAAAUCUGUUUCUCACUCUACUUUCUCUCUCUUUUGAGCAAUGGCUUGAAGAUGGGUCUGCAUACAAAGACAGAAAGUGGAAGCCCACAUGACUGGACCAAGCACUCAUCUUCAUGUCCUCUUCCUCUGUUCCUGAUCAAUCACAGGAAAAUAAACAAAAUUGUCCCCUACUUGAGACAGCAAUUACAACAACAGCAACAACAACAACAAGAAGAACAAAACAUUAAUCACACAUACCAAAAUUAAAUUCUUUAAGCCAUGCUUGUUGAACUUCAGCCUUCAUUUUCUCAUAGCAGUUAUCAUCUUCUCUUCAUCUUACUGUUAUAUUCCUUCACAUUCUCUCACCAGCAAGCUUGUCAUCCAGAUGAUCAACAAUCACUUCUAACCUUCUCUGAUUCUCUCUCCUCUUCUUCAGGUCCACUGGAUUGGAGUUCUGCCUCUGAUUGUUGCUCUGCCUGGGAGGGGAUUGGUUGUGAUGUAACGGGCCGAGUCACCCGGUUGUGGCUACCCAGGAGAGGAUUAGCAGGCAACAUAUCCUCUUCAAUUGAGAACCUUACAAGUCUUUCUCACCUUAAUAUCUCUCAUAAUUUGCUUUCUGGUUUUCUCCCAAAAGGACUUUUUAGUUCAUUGAAUAGCCUUGAGAUCAUAGAUAUAAGCUCCAAUAGAUUGGAUGGUAAUUUCUCUGCAUCUUUUUCCCUGAAUGGUAGUUUCCCUUCCACCAUUCAGGUUGUAGAUAUUUCAAGCAAUCAACUCCAUGGCAAGAUUGAUCCUGCUUGGUUCAUGUUCGAAUCGAAUUUGACCAGUUUUAAUGCCAGCAAUAAUGGCUUUGAUGGUCAAAUUCCUUCAUCCAUAUGUACAACUUGUCCUCUCAUCAUAACGCUUGAUUUUUCCAACAACCAAUUUAAUAAAGAAAUUCCUAUUGGUCUCGGCAGGUGCACCAAACUCGAAGUUUUCCGGGCAGGUUUCAAUUCUCUGUCCGGAUUACUCCCUGAUGACAUUUACAGCUUGCAGUCACUGGUAGAGUUAUCAGUGCCUGCAAAUAACAUAAGCGGAACAAUUGGAGAAGGCAUGCUUAACCUUACCAACCUCAAGGUUAUUGAGUUGUACUCGAAUGAAUUUUCGGGGAUGAUUCCUCGGGACGUUGGGAAGCUCUCGAACUUGGAGCAAUUGCACCUUCACAUAAACACUUUCAGUGGUUCUAUACCAGCAUCCUUGAUGAACUGCACAAAACUUGUAAAGCUUAUUUUGCGAGUUAAUACUUUGCAAGGUAACAUCUCUACACUUGAUUUCUCAAGACUUGUCCAGCUCCAAAUACUUGACCUUGGUAACAAUAGAUUUACUGGAAAUCUCCCAGAAAGCUUAUUUUCAUGCAAGUCACUAACUGCAGUCAGAGUAGCCACCAACUACUUAACAGGACCCAUUUCUCCCAAUGUAUCGGCUUUAACAUCUCUAACCUUCCUUUCUCUCUCUAACAAUAGCUUCAGGAAUGUAUCAAAUGCAAUUAAGAUAUUUGCGAGUAGCAAGAGCCUCACCACCCUCAUCCUGUCAAAAAACUUUUACAACGAAGUAAUACCUGGCGAACAGAGCUUCAUAGGGCCAGGAGACUACACAAACCUGCAAGUUCUUGCUUUUGGAGGAUGUAAACUGAAUGGUCAAGUUCCAGAGUGGCUAGUGCAUAUCAAAAGUCUAGAGGUUCUGGACUUGUCAUUCAAUAAAAUCACAGGCCCAAUUCCAGAAUGGUUUGGAACUCUGCCAAACUUCUUCUACUUGGACUUGUCGAUGAAUCUUCUUACAGGAAAAUAUCCGGUGCAGCUCAACAGCCUGCCAGCGGUGAUAUCAGAGAAGGUUGCCAAUAAAUUAAAUCGAAGUUAUCUUGAGCUCCCAGUCUUUGUCGCCCCCAACAAUGCGAGCACACAGCAAUACAACCAGCUUGCAAACCUGCCUCCAGCAAUAUACCUGAAGGGCAACAAUAUCAGUGGUGAUAUCCCAAUUGAUAUAAGUCAACUUCAGAACCUCCAUGUGCUAGAUCUCAGCGAAAACCACUUCACAGGCAGCAUCCCAUCAGAAUUUUCAAAUCUCACAAAUCUAGAACAGCUAGACCUUUCUCAGAAUAAUUUGACUGGAGAGAUACCAGCAUCGCUGCAAAGCCUAAAUUUCUUAUCAAAGUUUAAUGUGUCCUACAAUGACCUCGAGGGAUCAAUACCAACAGGAGGUCAGUUUGACACUUUUACAGAACUUAGCUAUAUUGGAAACCCAAGGCUAUGUGGCCGAGUCCUGCAGCGUCAUCCUUGUUCAGCCCAAUUAGUCCCAGGAACAGCAAGUCAGUCUCGUCAUGAAAACCGCCUGAACAAGAAACUGUUGCUGGGCAUUACCCUCGGUGUCUGCUUAGGCUUUCUGGGCAUGUUCAUGAUUCUGGUGUACUGGAUAAUGUCCAAGAGAAGAAUCCUUCCAGGAGGUGACAAUGACAAGUACGAAACAGAAAUGAACUCCUACUCCAGUUCCCGAGAGGUUGGCAAAGAUACCAGUCUAGUAAUAGUCUUCCCCAGCAAUACCUCUGAGGUCAAAGAUUUGACAAUACUUGACAUACUGAAAGCCACCAACAAUUUUAACCAGGAAAACAUCAUUGGCUGUGGAGGCUUUGGUUUGGUUUAUAAAGCAACCAUGAAUAAUGGAGCUAAGCUUGCUAUCAAAAAGCUUUCAGGAGAUAUGUGUCUGAUAGAACGAGAAUUCAAAGCAGAGGUGGAAGUUUUAUCGAUGGCCCAACACGAAAACCUAGUUUCUCUGCUGGGAUAUUGUGUUCAUAAUGGUUUACGGCUACUGAUGUAUUCCUAUAUGGAAAAUGGAAGCCUUGACUAUUGGUUGCAUGAGAAUCCUGAUGGCCCAUCCCACCUUGAUUGGCCACUACGAUUGAAGAUAGCUCUUGGAGCAGGUAAAGGUCUGGCUUACAUGCACCAAAUAUGUGAACCACACAUUGUGCACCGUGAUAUAAAGUCGAGCAAUAUUCUCCUCGAUGAGAACUUCGAAGCACAUGUUGCUGAUUUUGGAUUAUCCAGGCUCAUUCUCCCUUAUCGAACUCAUGUCACAACUGAGCUAGUUGGGACACUAGGAUACAUUCCACCAGAGUAUGGGCAGGCUUGGGUAGCCACAUUAAGAGGUGACGUAUACAGUUUUGGGGUUGUAAUGCUUGAGCUACUCACAGGAAAGAGACCAGUAGAGGUAUCCAAAUCAAAGACAUCAAGAGAAAUAGUUGUAUGGGUGCAGCAAUUAAAAAGAGAAGGAAAACAUGAAGCAAUAUUCGACUCAGUCCUGAGGGGCAAAGGAUAUGAGCAAGAGAUGUUGCAGGUGCUCGAUGUGGCCUGCAAGUGCGUCAACCAGAACCCUCUAGAAAGACCAACUAUCAGGGAAGUUGUUGAUCAGCUUAAAAAUGUAAUGUCCUAUCCACAGACACCCAGGUCCGAGCAAGAUUACCCGGUAGAAAUGAGGUAACAGUCAGUGCGCUGCAGUGGACUGGAAACGUCAUUUUCUAUUACUUUAAAAAUGUUAUGCAAGAUUUUUGCUUUGCUUGAUAGGGAUGUAUACUGGCUGGUUGUGCCAGAAAUCUCUUGUACAAACUACAAAGUCUCUUUCUUGUGAUUAUAAAAUUGUAUACAAUCAGAAACUCCUAAACACAUUGUUUUAAUGCAGAGACGCUGAUUAUGUAGAGAAAUAAAUGACAGAAUUUUGCA